GGCGGACCAAGUGCUUUCAUACGGCUAGUGUACAUCUUAUGGAUGAAAACAUUUCUUUUAUAUGAUCAAGGAGAGAGAAAUAUGUUAAUUUGCUAAUGCAGGACAUAUAUGUGAAUCUCUUUUCACAUUUCUAUAACGAUUCAUAAUGCCUCUUCAAUCAACACAUCACUAAUUUAAACAGAAAAUGUCACAUCGCUAUCAGAAUGACUCAAGAUCACCCAGUGCUGUGUUUGUCCCUAUGCCAGUGGACAGAGAGGCGCUGGGGGAAAAGAAGAUGGAGGCAUUACAAAAAGAGAUAGCCAGGCUGGAGAAUGAUCAGGUGAAGAGGAAGGAACUCAUAGAUAAACUGUCAAACAUGCAGAGGACUCAGAAUAGAAAUAAGAAAGAACAAGACAGGCUACUGAAAAAAUACAACAAAAAGAACAUGCUGACAGAUGAAAUAGAACGUUUGUAUGGAGAGGACACAGGAAGAAAAAUUGCAAAAUCUCCUGCCAGCCCGCGAGUGAUAGACACAGUGAUGGCACAGAGAACAAAGGAAUUCUCACUAAAACAGCAGGAAAAGGAACUGGAAACACAAUACUUGUUGAAGGAAAGAGAGAGAUUACAGAUGGCCAGGGACAGAAUUCGUGAGCAGCGAUACGCUCUCCUGGGCACUGCUGACAGUGCCAUGAGUGAGCCCGACUAUCACUACCGAUCAUCAAAGAUGGCUGAGGACUCAAGCAGGAUGAGUAUGCGAACCCCGAGACAGGAGAGCAGUAAGGUCCACAGCGUGGACUCGUACGUCAAGCAAACCAUAAAUACACUACCUCAGACCAUGGACAGGAUAGCUCAACUCAGACAACAGGUACAGCAGCAUUAUGUGUCAUACGAGAAGCCUUACCGAGGAGAACUGGGCAUUCAGACCUACCAACCUCAUCAGAUGAAGGACUACUUCAUGGUAAGGGGUAUUGUGGAUGAUGUCGUCAAUGAUUUCCUUGACGUAUACUUCCCAGAGGCUGUGCCAAUGGUUGAAAAAGAGGCUUACUUCGCCACUAUUGAACAGAGGAAGAGAGAAAGACAACAGAAGCUGCAGUCUGUAGCUGAGAGGAAGGCUGUACAGCUAGUGAUGGAGAAUAUUGUCCUAGAUGUAACAGGAGAUAUGUGUACAGAAGUAGCCCUAGAAGACCAACAUGCUGAGGGAACCAUAAGGAACAUUGUUGAUAUGACUAUCAUGAAUAGAGCAGAGGCAGUGGCCUUGCAGAAUGAAGAGGGGAGACAAACCAAUGAUAAAGCUUUUAAUGUGGUGACAAAGCAAUACUAUACAAGCCAGGACACAAGGAAUGCUAGGCACCCAGAUUUGUUCUAUCACACCUCAAACCUGUCCAUGAAACGCGAGGCUGACCCAGAGAGGAAAGCCAAGAUACCGAGGGGUCCUGCUGUCACCCCUGCAAAGGAGGACAAGGGAAAGAAAAUACCCCCCUCCCGGAAGGACGACAAAAAGGGCAAGAAAGAUAAGAGGCCCCCCACAGAGCCCCCUCCCUCUCAGCCAGCAUCUGUCAGGAUUCCCACCCCUGAGGAAAUUGUGGUUGUACUUGAGCGAGAGGACCCGGACACUAUAGUAUUAGAGUAUCACCCCAUCACCCCUGUAGAUAUAAGGAAGUAUGAAACACUCCCUAAUGACAUUCCUGAAGUCAAAAUAAUCAAAGAGAAAUACAAUUCUUAUUCCAAAAAGGAAGUUCAAUACUGGAGGAAAAUUAUUCCUUACAUAUCAGAACUAAGAUUACCAAAAAGAGUCAAAGGCAUCAAUAUAGUGUCAUGUUCUCCUAACAGUAAAUAUGUGGCCCUAGGGACCACACGUGGUGAUGCCUUGAUUUAUGAUACAGAGUACGACCCUUGGCGUAUGAUCAAGGUCAUCGUCAAUGAAAACAGUGGAGAUGACCCCAUUGUUGACAUGUCAUGGAGCAUGGAUUGUCAGAGAAUCAAUGCUAUUAGUCACACUGGAAGUUUAUUUGUGUACUCCAUGCUGGGUGGAAUAAAGAAAUCCAACACGACUCGGAUGGGCCUAGGAGCAGACGACACGGGAAUCUACCCACAACAGAUGGGCUUGGUGCUAGACAUGGAUCACUCACUGAAAGACUUCACAUUCCAAGAAGGUCAGUUAGCUGAUGAUGGAGUUCUGUCAGAAGUUCAUUUACCCACUGUUGCUUCAUUCUUUCCAUCCUUCUCAUUCCUCGGAGUCCAGGAUAGUUUUUGUGUUGGCCUAGAGAGUGGAGACAUCCUGAAAUGUGACUUAGAGUUUGUACUGAAUGCUCCAGGGGAUGAGGACACACAUGAAUACGUGGAAUCCAAGAGAAUCUAUAACCCCAUGUUGACAUCCUCUAAGAGUAUUAACUUAAUAGGCCGAGGUGUAGAGGCUGAGCUGUUCAAACAACACAAGACAAAGAUCAUACUUCUUAGUUACAUUGACCACAUCAAUGAACUGGUGUCAGUGGAUGAGGACGGGUACAUCUUCAUCUGGAAGUACACUAGAGAGUGGAAAGCUAGUGUAGGAUGGUUCAAGCCAGCUAAAAAGUUCAGACUGUCUAAGUCUAAAGAUAUGUAUCAACCCACAGAGGGGAAACCAAAGGAUAGAACAUACAAGCUGGUCUUUACAGAUGUCACUGCCACCAUGCCAAACAAGAAACGACAGAGAACACGACAGGAAAUAGCUCUGGACAGGCAACAAAACAUGAAUUUAAUCCUCAAUAUGAACCUUGGAGAUCCCUGGCAUGUAGAGAUCCAUGGAGACAAACUAACCGAAGUAUACGCCCCUAAAGGUGGGGUCAAGGAUACAGGAGCGGUGUUCCAUAUCGUGGUCAAACAUCUGGCCACUGAUCAGUUGUCAUCCUACGCCACCAGAGUCUACAAACCAGUCAAGAUCAAAUAUUCCAAGAUGUCUGUUAUUCCUACAGCCAAAGGAGAUGCUCUUAUUUUUAUGUUACUUUUCCGUUCCUACCCUCCUAAAGAGCCCCAUGUGACGAUUACAAUAUUUGAUUUGAAGACCUUGGAGCUGCGAGAUUUCCGACGAGACAUUUAUCUCUCCGAGGCUGAGCACACUGAGAUGUCAAAGAACGAUGUCUCAUUUGCUGAUGUGACCAGAGUGUUUGGACCAACGGGUUCUGAGUAUUUGUUCAUAUGUCUCCUUGGAGAUUUCAAGGUCAUCUCCUUGACAACUGGGCGACAAGUGGUCAAGAUGGAGGAUCCUUCAGUUAGAUCUGACAGAUACCAGUAUGAUGAGGAAGGUUACAGAGGUUGUGUCAUUGAUACAGAUGAACUUUCUCUGGAAGAAAACUCCAAGGUUGCAGUUCUAUCAACCAAUGGAAAGAUGCAUGCUAUAUUUUAUUCUGCUACCAUUGGUCGUGUUCUCUAUGUGGAAUUUGAGGAUGAAAAUCUUGAUGCCACCAGAAGACAGAUGUGGAAACUUUAUGACAGACUUGAACCUGAGAAGAAGCGUCUGAUGCCUGCAGAACUACGUGUGGACACACUGACGAGUGAACUGGGUGAAACACAGCAUCCCUCUGUUGUCAUGAUGGGCUUAGUUAUGGAGUGUAUGGACAAGGCCAUCCAACUCUCCCACAAGGCCAAGUACAACGAUGACCAGAAGGACGAUUUUAUGAUGUGGGACAAGGUCAACAAUUACAAGGCCUUAGAAAAACCGAUUAACAGUGGAAAGAUUCUGACUGGGACUUGAGAUCUGACAAAGGGGAAACAAGAUGACCUGCACAGUGAUUAGACCUGAAAUAAAUUGUGAUAUGAAU